AAAGGUAAAUAAUUAUUUUAUAAAGUUUUAUUUGUUUGUUCGGCUGAAGGGAUAACGCCGCGAAAAUAUGAUUCUCCGCGAGUCAAAUUUGAUGUUGUUGUUUAUCGUUUGUGUUUGUAACCAUGACGUAGCUUUCGCAGCGAUGUCUGAGAAGCAAGUGGUGGCAGCUGUGAGACUUGUACGAAACAUGUGCUUACCUAAGACCAAGGCUUUGCCAGAGGAAAUCGACAAAAUGCACGUGGGAGAUUGGGAUAUUGGCCAUAAUACUAUGUGUUACAUGCAGUGCGCCUUAAACCAAUACAAGCUCAUCGGAAAAAAUAAUAAACUCGAUAUGGCACAGGCUGAACAACAAACGAAACAACUUCCACCAUCCUUGAAAGCAUAUACAGAUAGGUGCCUUCAAGUAUGCAAGGAUUCAGCUGUGACUCUCGAUGACAAGUGCGUGGCAGGUUAUGAGAUAUCCAAGUGUAUGUAUUUUUGCGACCCUGAGAAAUACUUCCUGCCGUGAAAAGUGGAGCGUAACAGAUUUAAACCCAAAAAUUGUUAUAUCCAGAAAAUAACAAUUUUCUUGAAGUUA